GUCCUAACUCAACAACGGUAGACUGGGUAGACCAUCAACCAUGACGGCCUGACGCCAGACGGUAGCGCUGGAUAACCGAUAGCGCCAUGCUCGGUAUGCGUUAGCCUGCGUCAGUUUGCGUUACUCGCGCGUUUGGCGUUCCUCGUCACUGUUUCGUACUCGUAGUUUCUAUCGUUCUCCACCUUGGCGAGUUUCACGGCGUCGGCGUCGGCGUCGGUUACGACGAAAAUUCGAGACAAGACGUCAGACAUCUCGUUAUUUUUGCAAGACAGCUGAAAACUAAAGAGAAAUAGAGAAUGAGCCAGACAUAUCAGGAAGAAAGCAUGGACAAGAAAGAAAUCGCCGAGGAAGAGAGAGAGAAGAUGCUGAACGCCGAAAACACUAAGCAUGCCAGCAUCGCACCUGCGCCCGAUGUCGAAUCCGAGGAGCAGAAACCGAAGAAGAUACCGAUCGGUGGCAUCAAGAUGCCCGGAUUUUGCCGUACGAAGAGCAAGGAACCAUGCAAGAAUGAUGUGGCUAAACCGACGGAGUCUAUGGAUGCGGAAUCAGCUUCCGUAGUGAUAAAGGAAAGCGAGCAGAACGCUUUGUCCACGGAAAAGCCUAUUACACCCGUUAAGGAUUCUAAGGAAAAGGAAGGACGAAGGGGAAUUUUGAAUUCCAUUCGGUUACCUUUGAUGUCGUCCGUUUUCUCCAGGAGAAAAAAAGAAAUCGAUACCGAGUUAGGACCAACCGGUACUGCUGGAUUAGCGAGUGUCGAAACACUCGACGACGGCGCUUCUGAGAAGAGGCCUAUCGUCGACGAGGAUGGCAUGGAAACUGUGCGACUUGAUGAAGAAGAUGAAACUGACAGCAUUAAGCGACCAAAGCAUCCCCUGGUGAUCUAUCUAUCUACAUACAGGACACACGUGUCCGUCUCAGUGGCGACUCUGCUGAUGCUGAUCAGCAUCAUCGUUAUUAUAUGUAUCGUCUGCGUCGGACCUAGGAGAAUUUCUACCAAACCUUUGAAGAACGACAAGUACAUCGAAGCAGUGACGUCGUGCGGACUGGUACAGGGUAUCUCGGAGGAUGGCGCCUACGCGUUCCGUGGUAUUCCAUACGCAAUGCCACCGGUGGGCAAUCGUCGCUGGCAACCAGCUGAAUCUUUGAGCCGCAUCGAGCACUGCUGGAACGGCACUUACUUGGCGCACAACUCGUCCAAGAGCUGCUGGCAGCGUGAUAUGCACAAUCUCAUCGACGGCGUCGAGGAUUGCCUCUAUCUUGAUGUAUUUACACCAAUGGUUGGAUACGAUUUUCCAUUACCCGUGGUCGUAAUGAUCGGCGCCGAAACCCUUAGUGGCGGUUCGCCCGGAGUGAUGCAACCUUCUGCCAAGCUAUCACGCGUUCGCGACAUCAUAUUCGUACGGCCAAACUUCCGAAUGGGAAUUUUCGGAUUUUUGGCGGUCGAACCUCUCACCAGAGCGACCCACCCUCCAACAUCGGGCAACUAUGGAUUGUCAGACAUCAUAACAGCCCUUCAGUGGGUACAGUUGAAUAUUGAAAACUUCGGCGGUAACAAAUCCUCCGUUACUCUGUGGGGACAUCGAGCAGGCGGCACUCUUGCAACGACAUUGAUCGGCUAUCGUCGAGCUAAGAGUCUUUUCUCAAAAGUGUGGAUAUCCAGCGGUAGCGCGAUCUUUCCAGGCAGGGAAUUGAAUUUGUCUGAAGACAUAAACCGACCAUUCCUUGAUUCAAUUCGUUGCAGCGACGCUGCCUGUCUCAGAAGCAAGAGCGCUGAAGAUCUGAUGGACGCUGUGCCAGAGUCGUGGUACGUAGGUACCAUUGGUCUGCCAGAAAUGAAAGAAGACUCGAGUAUCUACAUGGAAAGGAGACACGAGUGGCUCGUUUUGGAUGGAACAAUUCUUCAGGAGCACGUCGGUGAAAUCUUAUCGCAAGACAAUCUUAUGAUAAAGGUAGUGAUGGGUACCACUGCGCACUCUGGUACCCCGCUACAAUACCUGUCAUCAAAUGUCACUCUUAAUGCGACACAGGUCGAAAAUAUCGUACGAGAAUCCUUGCUCGGAACUAGAAGCUAUACACAGGAAGCUCUGAGGCAUUACAAUGCUACAUUGAAGGGAUUGGUCACAAUGAUUUCCGAUAUUCGUGUAGUAUGCCCACUACUGACGCUCGCCAGGAUGAACACAAACAUACCAUUUUACGUAGCCACUCAACCACGCCGACAGCAUUUGGCCGAUCCUGACAGUGAUGCCGCGGCCAUUCUAGGAACUUACGGUGCUGUUACGCCCGAGGAAAAGAGACACGUAUCAGCUAUGCAACAGUUAUUUAACCAUUAUGUGUGGCAUAACGAAGUCGUGCAGGCUGAUCGGUCAGGCGCGAAGAGAGUCUUGAUUGUUGGUCAAGACGCGCUGCUCGCGCAAAGUUAUUCGAGUUGCGAUUUCUGGAUAAACAAAAACAUCGUACCUAAGUGUGGGCGGGUCGAUUAAAAGGUUUUUAUUAUCGCCGUGCAAGUUUAUGUAGCAUCUGUAAAUUUGCACUUGCGAGUGGCGCGUAUUGUCCAUUGAAUUUCCGCGGAUGCUAAUUUUCACAACACAAGUAUACUUUGACUAUUUUAGUAGAUCAAUUAGCGAUAAACAUUCAUUGAAAUUAUGCAAGAUGAACAAAGAUUAUGCCUUUGUGAACAUAUAAUAGUACCUGUUUAAUCAUGACAAUUAAUGUAAAGCCAAAAUAUAAAAUGAUUUUUUU